GGGGCGUGGCUUAGGCCACCUGACCGGAAGCAGGAAGUGCCACCCUCAAAGGGGAGCCUUGGGUUAGUCCUCCUUGCCGUCCUCCUCCAGGCCUCGGAGGGAAGGGACAGGCGGCGGGGAUCCGGGAGGAAGACUCCGGAAGGGAAGGAGAGAAUCUGAUAACAGUGAAAUAUCUAGCUGAAAGGAUGGGAGGAAAAGACUCUUUUGAGCCCAACCUGGGAAAAGGCCCUUCCCUCAUUCAGGCCAAGCCUAGUGGAGCAUUGGAGGAAAAAGCCACACAGAUGAGCCUGUGGAAGGAAGUGCUCUCUUCAGAUUUACGGCGCCAGCAAUUCAGGGAUUUUGGCUACAGGGAGACGUUGGGACCUCGGGAGGUUUGCAGCCAGCUGCACCUUCUCUGCCGCCAAUGGCUUCAACCGGAAAGACACACCAAGGCUGAGAUGCUGGACGUGGUGGUGCUGGAGCAGUUCCUGGCCAUCCUUCCUCUGGAGAUGGAGCGCUGGGUGAGGGAGUGCGGGGCAGAGAGCAGCUCCCAGGCCGUGGCCCUGGCAGAAGGAUUUCUCCUCAGCCACGCAAAAGAAGGCAGGCAGAGCAAGGAGCAGCAGGACUUCUUUAAGGAAGAAGAGAAGACCAAGGCAACAAAGUGUUCAUCUGGGACCAGUUGGAUCAUGACAGACUGGGACAGCAUCUCCGCCUCAUUGAUGCUGUGCACUGACAGCCUCUCCACCUCACUGGGAGAAGGAACAAGGACACAACCAACAUUUCCAAGUCCAUCUCUUGAUCCUGGUUCUGCUUCAGUGGGGCUGGAUAAGUUGGCGGUUUCUGUCCAUGGACGCAGUAUCUUUCUUCAGGUGACUUUUGAGGAGGUGACUGUGGAUUUCACGGAGGAGGAGAGGGCUUUGCUGGACGCAGACCAAAAGGCCCUUCAGACGGAAGUCAUGGAAGAGAAUUUCAAACUUAUGUGCUCUCUGGGUGCUGAUGAGCAGUUGGAGGAGAAGGAAGAGGGGCCAAGCAGGAGCCUGUUCAAAAGAGACACAUGGAAAGAGAAUGGACCAAAAGGAAGACUACUUGAUACUGACGGGAAAGAGCAGAAGGAAACAUCAGCUUCUCAGGGUGAAGUGGUCCAUGAAAUCACAAUCCCAGAAAUACCUCAGACAGAAAUGGAAAUAAAUAUAUGUAUUUGUGGAAAGAGCUUCAAUGGUAGAGAAAACUUUGAAUCCCAUAUGAGAAUUCACACAGGAGAAAUGUCUGUGAAAACUGAGGAGUGUGGCGAGAUCAGCAAAGGCCACAUUUCUCAUCCGAUUAAUCAGAUGUGCCCCAGAUCUUUUAAAUGCUCAGAUUGUGGAAAGAGCUUCAUUGAAAAGAGGCAGCUCACUUGUCAUCAAGCAACUCACAGAGGAGAGAAACCAUUUCAGUGCUUGGAAUGUGGAAAGAGUUUCACUCAGAAGGUGCAUCUCACUUUGCAUCAAAGUACUCACUCUGUGGAGAAACCAUUUAAAUGCUUGGAGUGUGGAAAAAGCUUCAGUCGGAAGACAAUCCUGACUCUUCACGAAAUAGUUCACACAGGAGAAAAGCCAUUUCAGUGCCUGGAAUGUGGAGAAAGCUUCAAUCGGAAGACAAAUCUCACUUGUCAUCAAAGGAUUCACACAGGGGAGAAACCAUUCCAGUGCCUGGAGUGUGGAAGAAGCUUCAGUUGGAUGACAAAUCUCAUUCGGCAUCGAAGUGUUCACACAGGGCAAAAAACAUUUCAGUGUUUGGAGUGUGGAAGGAACUUCAGCCAGAAGAGAUACCUCACUUGUCAUGAAAGAAUUCACACAGGGGAGAAACCCUUUACAUGCUUAGAGUGUGGGAAGAGCUUUGGUCAAAAGGCACACCUGAUUUACCAUCAAGCAACUCAUGCAAAACAUUAGAGCAGAUGGCAGAAAACAUGACUUUUAUGCGAUAAGGCACAGUAUAGAGAACACCUUUGCUCCUUUAAGGUGGCAAUAUGUGCAGCGUAGAACACUGCAUUUGCAGAUUCACGUCCAGCUGAACUGUUCAGAGUGGUGAGAGGCUUAAUCCAGGUGUCCUCCCUUCUGAACCCAUUGUUAACCUUCAGUAGCUUACUGUGAUGCUUUUAUCAACCAUUUUGCAAAUAAAAUCUCUUGCUGACUUAGACACUGUCAUUGAAACAGAGACCAUCAAUGAGGUGUCCGGCAACUCUGAGUGGGAUUACACUGGAUCAGUUUCAAUUGGCUGAGUACUGUUGAUGUGACAAGCUGCCUUCUUGAUCCCUGUCCAUUUUGGCUGGUCAACUUAGGAGGAAAUGCAAUUCGAUCUUAAAUACAACAAAUUUAUUAAUCCAUCUCUCAGGGAGGGGAACUUUCCACUCUGUUUACAAGAAGUAGUAGUUAGACUGCUGCUGAAAAAUCCCUCCCUGGAUCCCCUGGACCUUAAUAAUUGCAAACCAGUGUGUAACCUUCCUUUUUUGAGCAAUGCGAUUGAGAAGGCAGUUGCCCUCCAACUUCAGGCAGUCCUGGAUGGCACACACGUCCUUGACCCAUUUCAAAGUGGCUUUAGAGCUGGAUAUGGACUUGAUAUUGCUAUGGUUGCUUUGGUGGAUGAUCUCUGUCUCAACACCAACGGGAAGUGUGUCCCUGUUGGUGCUUCUAGAUCUCUCAGGGAGUGUUUCUGGAUCUGUCCCUCCAAAUGUCAGCCCAGGUAGAUGUGACGGUCAAAGUGCUUACUACCUGAUAACGCCAGCUGCGCCCCUCCAUAGAUUUGGAGGACUUAAACAUGGCACUGCAUGUGUUGGUAAACUCAAAGUUGGGCUUCUGUAAUGCACUUUACAUUGUGCUACCUUUGUACCAAGUUCGGAACUCCAGCUGUUUCAAAAUACGGCACCCAGAUUGGUUACAGGAACAUCCAGGAGUGAACAUAUCACACCUAUCCUAAAGUCACUCCAUUGACUGCCAGUCAGUUUCCGGGUAAAGUAUAUGGUGUUGAUAUUGACCUUUAAAGCCCUACAUGGUUUGGGGUCAGGUUACCUACAGGAUUGCAUUCUCCCAUAAAAUCCGCCCUGAACACCGAGUCCCAACUAGCCAGAACCUGACUGGCCACCCAGAGGACCUUUUUAUUGGCCACCCUUAGACUGUGGAAUGACCUGCCAGAAAAGCUCCCACAGUGAGAUCAGCUACUGGAAUUUAAAACGAACUGAAGACCUAUCUCUUCCGGCAGGCCUACCCUGUUUUAAACGUGAAUUUUAAACUCGUGUCUUGUGUUUAAUCUCUGUUUUGUGUAUUUUAAUAUGUAUAUUUAUAGAAUUUUUACAAUGAUUAUGUAUUUUUAUUAUGCUGUAACCUGCCUCGAGCAACGAGGAGAGGCGGGUAAGAAAUAAAAUUAUUAUUAUUAA